AAUGUGACCGAAGGUAAUUGCCCCGCGUAGAAUAACGUAGUUCAGUACGUCAGCUUUUUUGGUUGUACACAUUUUGGAGGCCCUUUAGUUAACUGGAUAUCAUUUAAGAGAACAUACUCAAGAAUUUCAAGUAUCAAGACUUAAUCGUCCGCCCCUAAAGUUUCGUCUUUUGCAUCUAUUCGUGAAUGACUGCAAUUCUGUAUCAGAACACGUAAUAUCACUACCUGUUAGUGCGUUGAAAGUCUAACAUAGGUCAAUUGACCUACCCUUACCCUUCAAGACAGUCAAAUGGAUUGGCUUGGGGGAUUAUCGUCCAUAAAGGGUCAGCUAACAAACAUCACCAAAGAUCUUUUGGCCGAAGGGACGCGUGAAAUUAAUGAUCCUGAAAGUGAAUUAUCGACUGCACGCACACGUAUAUGUGAACUUGAAUCAGUUGUUGAGACUCAGAAGACAGAAAUUAACUCUCUUAGGUGUAGGAACGAGGAGCUUGUGGUUCAGCUAGAGUCAUUACAGCUGAGGCUCGAUCACACAAAGGAACUGUUUAUUCAACAAUUACGUGAAAAAGAUAUUUUAAUUUCCAAGUUGCAAGCUGAAGUGUCUAAUGAACGUGGGGAACCUGAAGGACAGCCGGAAGCUUCAGUUGGGACUACAAGCUGUCGUAUUGACAAUAGUGCAACCAUAUCUGGACUAACGCAGUAUCCUGAUCUUGCAAGUGAAGAUCAUCAGGUUCCGUCAACUGUAUCCCAUUCAGAUGGCACAGUCACUUGGGAAGAAUUAAAAAAUGAGGUUGUCCAACUUCGUGCAGAAUUAACUAAAUGGAAGAAAGUUGCCAAAAAAAAAGAAAAAUCUUCGGAUAACACUUCAUCACAUCAGUUGUUGAACAUAGAGUUAGAAAAUCAAAUCGAACAAUUAAAACGACAAGUCAGUGACCUACAAGAAACACAUAGAAAUGAAAUAGCUGCCGUACAAGAGAGUCAUUCAGAUCAUUUGUCUAAUCUUGUGGAACAGUUAAAAGAAACUGAAACUGAAGUGAUUAAACUUCAGAAACAGGUAGAUGAAUUUCAGGACCGCUCAAGUUGUGUUGUCAAUCUUAAUCAAACUGAUCUUGGAAAUAUUACUUUUAAAACUGAUAAAUCAGUCUGUACUGAUGUCAGUGAUUUAACAAUGUUUGUUGAAAGUCAAGAAAAUUCGAAAAAAUCACGUCCUGGUAAAAAGAAGAAGAAGAAACCAACUACUCAAUGGGAUGCAACAGAUAUUGCAAAGUCUUCUAAAUCAAUUUCUUGUGAAAUGUCAUCCCAGACUGAUUAUAGUCAAAUGAAGGAUUCAUCUGUUCAGUCUGCUGAUCAAGUUGAAACAAAUGAUGCGUUUACUGAAGAUUAUCUUUAUCAAUCAAGCAGUUCCACUUCUGUUCAAACAGAUUCUCUAAUUCAAUCAUUAAGUAAAGAACUGCAAACUGAUUCACCAUAUGAAAAUGCAACAACAUCAAUUCCAACCACGUCAGUUGAAAUUCAGUUUUCUUCAACAGAUUGUGAAAAUGCUCAUCAUUUAGGAGAUAUUGACGAUGCUUCUAGUAAUAAUUAUCAUUUGAUAUGUUCAAAUGAGGCACAACAAACACAAUCGUCAUUACAUAAUGUUUUUAGUAAAUCACACGAAAUAAACGAACUAGUUAACCAACUUACAAAUGGAAUAAAUACUUAUCAUCGGGUGAUAUUCGAUAUGUUAAAUCGUAAUGGAGUUGAAUCAUCACAAAUCAUGUCAGCUUUGUCUCAAUCAAUAUUAUUUUCCCAGUCAAAUUAUGAAACUAAUAAUGAUGUACUUGAAAAGUUAAAAUUUUUGAUAAACAACAUUCAAUUUCAUCAUGAAUGUAUUACUAAAAACGAUGUUCAAAAAACUGUGAAUAUGAGCUUAUCUGUGCCUGUUUCAAAUACACGUUUAUCUGGUGAAAUAAGUGAUUCUACAGAAGUUGAGUUAGAUGCUUGGCAAGAUGAUGAUUUCCCUGAAUUGAAUUCUAAUGCUUCAGAAGAAACGAAAUGUCAAAGUGAACUUCCUACUGAUAAUAUACCAAAUUGCAAUGAAAAACUUCAAGAUGAGCUCCCAUCUUCACCUCAUAGUCUGAAGGAGAAAAUCCAACAGCUAGAAGAAAUGCUUUCAAAUAAUAGUAUCGCGAAUGCAAAUCGUAUAGCUGAACUAGAAAGCCAAUUGGAACCAUUCAAUCGUUUACAAAAGUCUUUAAACACAACUGUUUCGGAUUUAUUAUCACUUCCACCUCCACCUACUUUGCCCAGUCAUUUACUCAGCCAACAAUCUUCCUGUACCUGGCCACCUACAAGUGUUGAAGAUCAACUAGCUCUAUUAACUGCUUCUGAGGUUUCUGCUCGUAAUGAAAUCAUUCGUUUGAAUGAUUCACUUUCGUUGUUUAAAGAAAAAUGUAAACGACUAGAAUGCGAUAACCAACAGUUGUAUGACCAGUUGGCUCAUUGUGAAAAAAAUCUCAAAUCAUCUAAUUCUACAGGGAACUUACAGAUUUCGGACGAUUUUGUUGAAUUAAGCUCUCUGGCUUAUCAAAUUUGUGUUUCCCUCGAUCCUGAGUUUAGUGAAAAAGAAUGGAAUCCUGAUGAUUGGGAAAUUGAGUUAUUUACUCUACUUAAGGAUCGUCUAGAUUCAGAAUUAACUGAAACUGAUGAUCAAUCUGAAAGUGUUGUCAAAUUGUCUGCUGAAGUUGCAGCACUUCGUGAUAUUCUGGCGCAGCACACAACAUUCCGAACACAAGCAGAACGAGAUUUAAAACACUUACUUUUCACAAUUCAAAACCAACAUGAUAUGAUUGAAAAGUUGCAAAUGGAGAAGCAACAGUUGGAAAGUGUCUUGCCAGGCAUGGAGUCCAAACUUACACCUAUUACUACUACUUUCGUUACCACUGCGUCCGCCGCUACCUCUACUGACCCUCCUGUUAUUUCUACUGCUAGUACUAGUACCUCUACAACAACCGACGAUGUUGCGAAUGAUGAUACGGAACAUAAAUUUAAAGCAUCAUGUAUUGAUACUGAAACACAAACCUCCCCAUUUACUGAUAACUCUAUUGAUGAAAUGAAUAAGCGCAAAGAAAAUUAUGAACAAUAUUGUAAAGAACUAGUCAAAUAUAUUUGUUCUAUAUACAAUGAUCAUUUGGUCAAUUCAUCACAAAACUGUGAAACAUUUAUCGUGUCACCUGACUCUUUUGAACUAACAAAUAUUUCAAAAGUCUUUUCUUUACUAGAAAAGUUCAGUGUUAAAUUUAAUGAAUAUAAAACUAAUUCAGAUAAUUUCCAAUCGAUGUACAGUACAUUAGUGAAUAGUUUACAACAGAAGCAUGCUGAAAGUCAAUUAUAUCAUGAGAGAUUACAGCAUUCUUUAAAUGAAUUAAAUGAAGUUAGAAAACAUCGAGAGGAGGCAGAAAUUUUAGUGAAUAGUUUACGAGAACAAUUAAAUGUUAAACAAAUGGAAGCUGACAAUAUCGUAAAACAAUCUCUGUUAAUGAAUGAAACUAUAUCAGCGUCAACUAAAUUCGUAGAUCAAUCGAGUAAAAUGAAUUUUGAAGAAGAAACAUCGAACGAAGAAAAAUUAAUAGCCGAAAUCCAACGCUUACAAGCACAUUUAGUUGAGAUGGAAGAAUCUUAUACCUCUGAAGCUGUUAUUGCAGAAAUUCGUGAGGUGGAACUUCGUUCACGUUUAAACGAAGUUGAAAAGUCCCUUGCUCAACUGAAAGAUUCAUGUACUACAACAGAUACGCAAUUGCAGACAGCUUAUUCUGAACGAGACGAUGCUUUAAAACAUUUGGAGGCUAGUCGACGUGAAGUUCUGGAUUUAAAAGAGAGUUUAAAGACUCUACAAACAGUUUUAGAUAAUUUUCAGCGCAAUCAGGAAGCUACUCUUCUAGCUGAAACGGAACAUCUUCGAGCUGAACUUAAUCGAACUAUUCAAAAAGAAAUGGCUACAAAACAAGAGAUGGAACAAUUAAAUAAAUCAAUUAUCAAAUAUCAAGAAUUAGCCAAUGAAUUAAAUCAAAUGAAAAAUGUUAAUCAACAAUUACGUGAACAAAUCCUUCGACUUGAAACAAAAGUUAAAAAUCGUGAUACAGAAAAUAAUGGACUUCGUGAUCGUCUUGCUAAAAUGGCUGUAGAUACAGAUGCACGAAUUGAUAAAGUAUUAAUUAAGAACUUGCUACUUAGCUACUUGCAGUUACCUGCAAAUCAACGUAGCAGUGCUAUUCGGGUUAUCGGAAGCUUGUUGGAAUUUUCAGAUGAGGAUUACGUGAAAAUUGGCAAUGAAUCUGGCACAUUACCUAAACUAAUGAAAUGGGUUCGAACCACUGUAUCUAAUUUACCUAGUGGACCCCCAAAAGAUGUUCUACUUUCAUCGAAUAAUAACGAUAAGACUUUCACAGAAUUGUUACUGGCCUUUCUGGAAGAAGAAUCAUCUCCUCGAUCACCAAUUAAGCUGCCUAUGGAUUAUUAUACACCUGAUAUGGUCAGUUCAACGAAUAAUUCCAGAAAGCAGGUGAAUACAAGUGGUACGGAAGAUGAGAAGUAUCCUGUUAGCAAAAUUAUAACAGGUUCUACUUCACUAUCUAAUCCUCCUAAAUCCGAUAAUGAUUCAAACUUAUUAGAUCAUAAACCGGUUUUCUAUAUGCUUUAACAAUGAUUACAUAUUUCUCACUUAUUUCCUUUGAUUUUUUUCCUUGAGCUGUGAUUGUAAAAUUUCCAUUCUCUUCUACCAGAAUUUUCAUUUGAUUUCAAUUUUUUAUUUGUUUACCUUUCACACAAUAUUUCGAUGCACCACCAUUCCGGGUAAAUUUCAAUAAUAUAUUCAUUUUGUUGUUAUGCAUUGUGACAACGUAAUUCUAUAUAAAAUAAGUAUUACGGUUGUAAAUCACUUCUCCAAUUAAGUAUUAGUUGACUAUGGUAAUAAUAAAUUAUUAGACGAUUAUU